AUGGCGGACAAAUUAGGUUUUCCUCUUCUACUACCAAACCCCCCACCUUCAAAAUCCAUCUUUCAAGACUUCACUGUUUCGUCCAAUCAACCCUUCGCUCCAUUCUUAAACGACCUCUUUCACCAUCAAAAUCCCAACACUUCUCCUAACUUCCCUUCUACUUCCACACAAUCACCUCAAAUUCCUCAAUCCAUUAAUUUCCCUUCUCCAAUCCCCAGAACACGACGGCGUAUUAUUGGCAAGGACAAUGAUUCCAACAGAGGCAAACCAUGGAAUCCUCAUCGACUUUCCCCUCAAGGUGAGAAAAUUCUUCAAACCCUUAUCGGCCCGGAAUUUCAUGUCGAUAAUAUUCACCAGAUGUUGCUUAGUUUGUAUACUGUGCAUCGUUUAGAAGGUUCUGAAUUGGAUACAGAGUCUUUGAGUUUUGAUAUUUUGGGUAUUAUCAAGGGUUUAGGGUAUUAUAAAAAAAUUGACUUAGCGUUCAAUGUGUUUGAAUGGGUGAGGAAUCGACCUAAUUCUGGGGUUCUGUUAAAUGGUUCUGUAAUUGCUGUGGUUAUAAGUAUGCUUGGCAAAGAGGGGAGGGUUUCGGUGGCUUCAUCUUUGCUACACAAUUUGCAGAAAGAUGGCUUUGGUAUUGAUGUUUAUGCAUAUACUUCUUUAAUUACUGCAUUUGCUCGUAAUGGGAGGUAUAGGGACGCGGUUAUGGUUUACAAGAAAAUGGAGGAGGAAGGGUGCCAACCUACUUUAAUCACUUACAAUGUGAUUUUGAAUGUUUAUGGGAAAAUGGGUAUGCCUUGGAGUAGAAUUUCAGCUGUGUUUGAAGGUAUGAAGAACUCUGGAGUUGUUCCUGAUGCUUAUACCUAUAAUACUCUUAUUACUUGUUGUCGUCGGGGAUCAUUGUAUGAGGAAGCUAGGCAGAUUUUCGAGGAGAUGAAACUAGGAGGUUUUCUGCCCGAUAAGGUUACAUACAAUGCGCUGUUAGAUGUGUAUGGGAGGUCUAGGAGGCCAAAAGAAGCUAUGGAGGUUUUACGAGAGAUGGAGGUGCAUGGGUUUUCGCCCAGCAUUGUGACUUACAAUUCUUUGGUAUCUGCUUAUGCUAGGGAUGGUCUGAUGGAGGAAGCAAUGGAGCUGAAAGCCAAGAUGAUAGAUAAAGGGAUUAAGCCUGAUGUCUUUACAUAUACCACCUUAUUCUCCGGAUUUGAGAAGGCUGGGAAGGAUGAAUCUGCAAUGAGAAUAUUUGAGGAGAUGACAAGUGCAGGGUGUAAACCAAACAUCUGCACUUUCAAUGCUCUUAUUAAGAUGUAUGGAAACAGGGGAAAAUUCACCGAAAUGAUGAAGGUUUUUGAUGAUAUCAGGACGUUUGGUUGUUCCCCAGAUAUUGUCACUUGGAAUACACUCCUAGCCGUAUUUGGACAGAAUGGAAUGGAUUCAGAAGUCACUGGAGUGUUCAAAGAAAUGAAGCGAGCAGGGUUUGUUGCUGAGCGGGACACCUUCAACACCUUAAUUGGUGCUUACAGUCGUUGUGGAGCUUUUGAUCAAGCUAUGGUCAUUUACAGGAGAAUGAUAGAUGCAGGGGUCACUCCCGAUCUCUCCACCUAUAAUGCUGUUCUAGCAGCAUUGGCUCGGGGAGGGCUAUGGGAACAGUCUGAGAAAGUACUUGCAGAAAUGAAAGAUGGUCGUUGUAAACCCAAUGAGCUAACGUACAGUUCCUUACUUCAUGCAUAUGCUAAUGGGAAAGAGAUUGACAGGAUUCAUUCUCUUGCAGAAGAGAUAUACUCUUCUGUAAUCCAACCUCAUGUUGUGCUUCUGAAGACCCUUGUAUUAGUUUAUAGCAAAAGCGAUCUUUUAGUGGAGACUGAACGAGCUUUUUUUGAGUUACGAAGUAGAGGUUUCUCGCCAGACAUAACCACCUUAAAUGCCAUGCUUUCUAUAUAUGGUCGGAAGCAAAUGGUUACAAAGGCAGCUGAGAUCAUGAACUUCAUGAAUGAUACUGGUUACACUCCUAGCUUGACUACAUAUAAUAGUUUGAUGUAUAUGUACAGCCGGUCUAGCAAUUACGAGAAAUCAGAGCAACUGCUAAUGGAAAUUAUAGCAAAAGGAGUCCGGCCUGAUGUUAUUUCGUUUAACACAGUAAUCUAUGCUUAUUGUAGAAAUGGGCGGAUGAGAGACGCCUCACGAAUCUUUACAGAAAUGAAGGAAUCUGGAAUUGUUCCUGAUGUGAUCACAUAUAAUACGUUUGUUUCAAGGUAUGCAGCUGAUGCAAUGUUUAUUGAUGCCAUUGAAGUGGUUCGUUACAUGAUCAAACAAGGUUGUAAGCCGAAUGAUAGCACAUAUAACUCCAUUAUCGACUCAUAUUGUAAACUCAACCGGAGAGAUGAAGCUCUGGCUUUUAUUAACAACCUCCGUAAGCUUAAUCCUCACGUUUCUAAGGAAGAAGAGACUAGAUUAUCAGCGAGAUUGAUGAAGAAAUGAGUUUUUUUUUUAAUGGAUUAUAGUUUAGUAGCAAUGCCGUUUUGUUGUAUUCUCUUCCUUUUUUCCAUGUUAUAUACAUGUACACUGCGAAAAUACGAGUGGUGUGCUAAUUGCUGUAUAUAUAGGUUCUUUUACAAUCUAGGA